UGGAGAUAUCGUGCUGUUUGCAAAAAUAUUAUAAUAAGUAAAGUAGGUAGGCAUCUGUUAGAAUGAGACUUCCAUUGCGUGGGUUAAGGUUACCUAUUAUAUGGUUAUUAGAUAUCCCUCGUGGCCACGUCUUCGAAAUUCGGGGAUAAAAAAUAGCCUAACUCACUCUCCAGGUCUGAUUUAGGCAAUGCUAAAAAAUCGGGUCUAUUUCGGUAGGUAGGGACAAACAAACAAUCAAACACACUUUCGCAUUUUAUAAUAAUAAUCGUGAAUACAAUGAUGUCGUUGAUAAAAACUACACAUAGGGACGAUAGGCGACUUUCCGGCCAGGCAAUUGAGUUUGGAUUAUUUAACUACUUUUGCAGUUGUUGGGCGUUGUUGUCAGUGAUUUUACCAAAAUAUCUUUUUCUGCCAUUAUUAUACUCUUUAAAAAUGAAAACCAUCAAAAUAUCUUAAUAAUUGCGUUUUAAUUCGAUAACAGUUUUGUUAUUUACUAAGAUCAAAACGUAAAAUCCCAGUUGGUACCUAAGUAUAAAAGUUAUCACAGUCCUUGAAACAAGACGUGUAAUACUGCAUCAUGUACCGAAACGUAGAACUUCGUAAGCUCCCUCCAGAUGCAUUGCGUAAAGUUGUCGGUAUUCUAGAGAAAAAUAAAGAUUGGAAGAAGGUAAUGUCUGUUAUACCGAAAGACUUGCAAAGUGAAGAUUUUGAACCUAAAUACAACAAUGAGCAAAUCCGAAUCAUAGAAGAGCAUGCAAAAGCUACCAAUCAGAACUGCACUGAUAUACUAAUGGAUGAGUGGGGUACAUCAGGCAGGAUUCGACCCACACUGGGCACUUUGAAGGAAAUUUUAAACAAAUCCCAAAUAUUCAGCAGGGCUGCUGAAGAAGUUGCCAUAAUGUUGAAUCCAUCCGUACCUGAACGCCCAAGUUACAUCCCAGCUGAACCAGGUCGUACAAAGACUAAAAUAAGCGAUGAAAGCGCAGAACCAAGACCACAAGACAAGGGCACAGCUGUGACGUCAAAUAAAAAUCAAAAAGAGAAUGGGUCUACAAGGCAGAAGGGAUGCACAAAUGACAAUAAGACAUACAGCAAUGAAAUGUUACCAGAUCAAGUAAAACCUACACCUGAUUUUAUAGAUUUUAACAAAGAACAACAUAUCCAAAAGUCUAUGAAUAUACAAAACGCGGGUUACGUGCUUCACGAGAGUUAUGACAUCACUAAUGAGUCAAAAGACAAGAAGAGCCAAAAAAUUUACCAACAUUAUCCAAAACCGUAUCAGACCUCCUUUCCAAAUAUUAACAUUUCCACAGGAAUACACAGUGCUCUACUUCCAGACACUGAUUUGGCUCAUUCAGACUAUGACAAGAGCACAGCUGUGAAAUCAAAUGAUAAUAAGUCAUGCAUCAGUGAAAUGCUACCGGAUCAAGAGUUUAUGAAUAUAGGAGGCUCAAGUUACAUGCUUCGUGAGAGAAACAAUGCUAGCUCACAAUCACAUAGGAACAUGCCCACAGAAAUAGCAAGUGCUGUACUUCAAAACACUAAUUUGAUUCAUUUUGAUUAUGAUGAUUUAGACAACAUAACAGGGAAUUUUGCUAAAUUUUUAAUUAAUGAUCCAAGUCAUGGCCCUAAAGGCAGAAUAGGCAGCGGGGGCUUUGGAGAUGUAUUUGUUGGAAAAGAUCCUACUUUCGGAAUGGUUGCUGUUAAAAAAGCUCACAGCCACUUAGCCAUACCCCGUAAACCUAAUAUAGCCAUUACAUUAUUUAACACAGAAGUUAAAUGCCUUUCUCAGUUCAGACACAAUAAUAUUGUUCCUAUACUGGGUUUCUCUAUGAAUGGUCCUUUCCCCUGCAUUGUCUUUGAGUAUAUUGAUGGCGGUUCACUGCAACAGAAUAUUAAAGCCAAAAUAUUAAACGAAUUUCAAAGGAUGCAUAUAAUCAUAGGAACAGCGGAGGGCUUAAAAUAUUUGCAUUCUAGUUCCAAAGAAAGUAAAGAAGGUAUAUUAAAUGUAGUUGGGGAAUCAGAUUCACAAAAAUCUAUAAAACAUUUUGUUCAUGGAGAUAUUAAAUCCGCUAAUAUACUUUUGACAAGAAAUUGUGUUCCAAAGCUCUGUGACUUUGGCUUGGCUAAACAAUAUGAUUCAACGUUUGUUACAACAUGUCCAUUAGGAACCCCAGCAUAUAUGGCACCAGAGGGCAUGCAUGGCACUGUCACACAGAAAAUCGAUAUUUACAGUUUCGGCAUAGUUAUUUUGGAAUUACUGACUGGUUUGAAACCUAUUGUCGAAAUUAAUGGAGCAGAUAUUAACAUAAAACAUUAUGUUGAAGAGAAUGUAGUAAACAACGACAUUACCCCGUUAUUGGAUCCUGUUGUUAAAAUAUGGGUAAAAGCUGACGAAGUCUACAAAUUGGCCAAAAUGUGUUUAGAGUAUGACAGGAAAAUGAGACCUACUAUUAUUCAACUUAGUGAUAUUUUGAAUAAAAUCUUGUUUGAAUAGCACAUGUUGUGGGUUCAAACUAGACGGUUCAAACUAGUUCAAAAUAAUAAUGAUUUGUGUACAAAAUUAUUUAUUUGCGCAUGAUCGAAAUCGAAUCAAUAAAGAAGCUAUCCAGACUUUCA